AGAACCCCAGGCUCUCCAGCCUUUGGACUUCAGGACUUACAAAAGCAACCUGCUGGGUUCUUAGGCCUCUGGCCUUGUACUGAGACUGACACCAUCAGCUUUCCUGAUCCUGAGACUUUUGGACUUGGAUUGAGCCACGCUACUGGCAUCCCAGGAUCUCCAGCUUGCAGACAGCCUGUCGUGGAACUUCACAGCCUCCAUAAUUAUAGAAUGGCAAUGGUCUCUGCGAUGUCCUGGGUCCUGUAUUUGUGGAUAAGUGCUUGUGCAAUGCUACUCUGCCAUGGAUCCCUUCAGCACACUUUCCAGCAGCAUCACCUGCACAGACCAGAAGGAGGGACGUGUGAAGUGAUAGCAGCACACCGAUGUUGUAACAAGAAUCGCAUUGAGGAGAGGUCACAAACAGUAAAGUGUUCCUGUCUACCUGGAAAAGUGGCUGGAACAACAAGAAACCGGCCUUCCUGUGUCGAUGCCUCCAUAGUGAUUGGGAAAUGGUGGUGUGAGAUGGAGCCUUGCCUAGAAGGAGAAGAAUGUAAGACACUCCCUGACAAUUCCGGAUGGAUGUGCGCAACAGGCAACAAAAUUAAGACCACGAGAAUUCACCCAAGAACCUAACAGAAGCAUUUGUGGUAGUAAAGGAAAACCAACCCUCUGGAAAAUACAUUUUGAGAAUCUCAAACAUCUCACAUAUAUACAAGCCAAAUGGAUUUCUUACUUGCACUUUGACUGGCUACCAGAUAAUCACAGUGCGUUUACUGUAUGUAAAGAAAUAUCCUACAGUGAGAAGACGCAGCAUUUUGGCAACACCAUGGAAAGUGGGCUUAAAAAAGGGUUUUCUCAGUGAAAUUUUUGGGGAUCAUGAAGAACGAUCAACUGUCUUCUAAUUUGAAUCUAUAGUUACUUUGUACCAUUUGAAAUAUAUGUAUAUAUAUAUAUAUAAUAUUUUGAAAUAUUAUCUAUUCUCUUCAAGAAAUGAACAGUACCACAGUUUGAGACGACUGGUGUACCCCUUUGAGUUUUGGAUGUUUUGUCUGUUUUGCUUUGUUUUGGUAGUCAUUUCUUUUUCUAACGGCAAGGAAGAUAUGUGCCCUUUUGAGAAUUCAAGAUGGCACUGACACGAGAAGGCCAGCUACAGGUGGACUCCUGGAAUUUGAGGCAUCAUAAUGAUACUGAAUCAAGAACUUCCUUCUGCUUCUACCAGAUGGCCCAAGGAAGCACAUUGUCCUGUUUUAUUACUUUCUACCUGUGCAAUAUUAGCAUGCAAGCUUGGCUUACAUAAUCAUAUUCAAUUGAUAUAUAAUAACCGUUCUAACCUCUUCCAGGAAAAUAUUUUUAGAACUACUAGCUUUUCCACAUAUAAGAAAAUGAGGAUUCUAAAGGGAGCCACUCCACCAUGCUAUUAAGACUCUGGCAGAGCUAUGGGUAGGAUAUGGAUCCCUACAUGAAUAAGUCCUGUAAAUACAAUGUCUUAAGGCUUUGUAUAACUGUCCUAGACUACAGAAAUGUCCUCUGAUUAAAUCCAAAGUCUGGCAUCGUUAACUACAUAGUGCUGUAGCAACAAGUCUUACCAUGGCAUCUCUUUCUAUGUUUGAUUUGCUUUUUCCAAGAGUAUUCAGAUCUCCUCUUGUGAGAUAGGAAGGCUAUGAAAGCAAUUAGGUUUCAGGAUGAUCUAUGUGACCAAGUGUUGGACAGCCCUAUUAAAGUGGUAAAUAACUUCUUUCUAAA